AUGCAUCCACAGCUCUCCCAGACCGAACAAUUCGAGAUCAAACAGCCUCUACACCUCUCCACUCACCACCAACGCCAGCGUACGCCCUCCCAUACCCUCAAUUGGCCCUUUCUAACUCCGCCUAAGAUGAUCUCUCGCGUUGCUUACCGCGCCUCCGCGGCCCCGACCCUCGUCGCCCGUCGUGGCUUCCAGACCACUCGCGCUCAGUUGUCUUCGCCAUACCACUACCCCGAGGGCCCGCGCAGCAACUUGCCCUUCGACCCCCUCAAGAGGGGCUUUGCUUUCAAGUACUGGGGCUUCAUGGGUGAGCUUGGUUGCGUUCCAAUCGUACCUUGUGCAGCUGGCUAA